CAUCCAGUUCAUAGUUCGCAUUCCUUGAAGGGAUUGUAAGGACUUUUGUUGGAGGCUCCUCUCCCUUUACGCGGCCCCAGAUGACGUCGCGCAGUUGAACAGGAGAAGCGGGUGUCCCUCACCUGCAGAGAAACACCGGAAGAAGGAGAAAACGCGUGAAUGUGUUCCUCUUUUAAAAUAACUACAGCAGCAAUGCACUUCCACUUAAAGCACAUUCUGCGCCUGAACCAGUGCGCCCCUCUGCAGCGCAAGAGGACCCUCGAUAGGAAACUGUGGACUGUUUCAGCUGCACAGCAACAACAACAACGUGGUUUAAGAGCAGCAGGAUCGCAUGCGUCUGCAGAUUUCAGGAACUAUUUCCCCCUGCAGUUCUGCAGAAACUAUGCAUCCGACACGGCGUACAGCCGAGCCUUCGCCACAGCGAGGGACAACCCCGAGACAUUCUGGGGUGAGGUGGGACAUGACAUACACUGGUUUGAACCGUGGAGUAAAACUUUACACGUUGAGGAUCCAGUGUUUCCAAACUGGUUUGUUGGAGGGAAGUUGAACAUGUGCUACAAUGCUGUGGAUCGUCAUGUAGAGAGCGGCCGCGGGGAGCAGCCUGCCAUCAUUUACGACAGCCCAGUAACUGGAACCAAACAGAUAAUCACUUUCAGGGAACUUCAGGACCAGGUGUCCAGGUUAGCAGGAGUCUUGGUAAAGCAUGGGGUACGGAAAGGAGAUCUGGUAGUCAUCUACAUGCCCAUGGUGCCGCAGGCCAUGUUCACCAUGUUGGCCUGUGCACGGAUUGGUGCCCCACACAGCCUCAUCUUCGGUGGCUUCGCUUCCAAAGAGCUUUCUGUCCGCAUCAAUCAUGCCAAGCCCAAGUUGAUGGUUACAGCCUCAUUUGGCAUCGAGCCAGGCAGAAGAGUAGAGUACAUCCCUCUGGUGGAGAAGGCCUUGGAGCUGAGCUCUCACAGGCCAUCUAAAGUCCUCAUCUACAACAGGCCUAACAUGGAUAAAGUAUCAAUGAGUCCGCAGCUGAGUCUGGACUGGGAGGAAGAGAUGGCCACAGCUCAGCCGCACGACUGUGUUUCUGUUCCCUCCAACCACCCUCUCUAUGUACUCUAUACAUCUGGGACCACAGGAACACCAAAGGGUGUUGUGCGAGACACUGCAGGCUAUGCUGUGAUGCUGAAAUGGACAAUGUCAAAUAUUUAUGGACUCAGUCCUGGAGAUGUUUGGUGGGCUGCAUCAGACCUGGGCUGGGUGGUCGGCCAUUCAUAUAUCUGCUAUGGUCCUCUGCUCCAUGGCAACAGCACAAUUCUCUAUGAGGGUAAGCCUGUGGGGACUCCAGACCCCGGGGCGUUCUUCCGUGUCCUGUCUGAAAAUGGAGCCUCUUCCAUGUUCACAGCUCCCACCGCCGUCCGAGCCAUUCGCCAGCAGGAUCCCCAUGCUGCAGUUGGGAAAAAAUACCCCCUGUCCAGGUUGCGGUCGUUAUUCCUGGCAGGAGAGCGUUGUGAUGUGGAGACGCUGGAGUGGGCAAAGAAGAGCUUUGGGGUCCCUGUCCUGGAUCACUGGUGGCAGACUGAAACUGGCUCUGCCAUCACCUCCUCAUGUAUUGGGCUGGGGAACUCACUCACGCCACCUGCAGGUCAGGCUGGCAAACCUGUUCCAGGUUACAAUGUCACAGUGAUCGAUGAUGACAUGCAGGAGGUAGAGCCAAGAACCCUGGGAAAUAUUGUGGUGAGGCUACCUUUACCACCUGGUGCAGCGUUGUCACUGUGGCAGAACUGUGAUCUGUUCAAGAAGCUCUACUUCUCUAAGUUUCCAGGUUACUAUGACACCAUGGAUGCAGGUUUUGUGGACGAGGAGGGUUUCCUUUAUAUCAUGUCACGGUCUGAUGAUGUCAUCAACGUGGCCGGCCACAGGCUAUCUGCUGGGGCAUUGGAGGAGUCAGUGCUGCUGCAUCCUGCAGUCGGGGACUGUGCUGUGGUCGGUCUAGAGGACACGCUGAAGGGUGUUGUUCCCUUGGCCCUGUGUGUACUCAAAAAUGGUGUGCAGAAAACUGAAGAGGAGAUCGUAAAUGAGAUGGUGAAGCUUGUGAGAGACACCGUUGGACCAGUGGCUGCCUUUAGGAAAGUGCUUUUUGUCCGAGGUUUGCCUAAGACACGCUCUGGCAAGAUCCCUCGCUCCUCUUUAGCCAACCUGGUCAACAGCAAGCCCUACAAGAUCACUCCAACCAUCGAGGACCCAGAAGUGUUCAAAGACAUCGAGCGGCAGGUAGAAAAAGUCCUGGGCCCUCGGGCAUCCUGAACUCAUCUGUUGGAAGACAAAGAAAAACUGAGGUUGGAUAAAUUUGGCCCCAGGCAGUUUUUGCAGCACUGGGGAUGAACUGUGAACUAAAAGUAGAAGUAAAAUUAAUGAUUAUUAUUCUUUUUCUAAGUCAAGCUGGAGGUAGACAUUGACUCCACUUACUCUAUGAAGAAGGGUACAUUUUUCCAUUUGUAACAGUGAAAUUAACGCUCUAUUUGUAUGUAAUCUGAAUACUAAUGUGAACCUGUACUGCACUACAGGCUUGGCACAUUUAUAAUUAAUAAACAGAGGCAAUGUACAUGUACUGUAGACAUAAUGACGAUCAAGCUAUAAUCCUUAUGAAGACAACUCGUUCACUGACAG